AUGCUCUCGGAUGGCAAGGCUAAAUCUUUUCUACAAGACUGGAUGAUUUACGAUUACUGGCAGCGUGCCGACGACCCAGCCAUCAGAGUGGAUGCCAAAUACAAUCACCAGAAUGUUCGCGUUCAAGACGGUUCUUUACUUUUGCUGCAAAAAGGCUUCACCGACGGGACUCAUGUCUCGAUGGCUGGUAUCCAGUCAAAGCGUAUCGACAUCUUGCACGGCACUUUCAGGGCGAUAUUCAAGGUUACCGGAGACUCAGGUGGCUCCUGCGCCGGUUUCUUUUGGUACAGAGACGACCGCAGCGAGUUGGACAUUGAGGUGGUGACGGAAGGCGACUCGCUCGUCAAUGGCACCAUUAACUACACUACGCAUCCUUCGACUGAUGAAAAUGGCUUGCCGGUUCCCGGGGCAACUUUCCGAGAGCCGACGUUAGCAGAAGAUGGUACCAACGCCGACGUCUGCCGUGAGCAUCGCUUCGAUAGCGAUGACACAGGCGUCAGAUACUACCUUGACGGUGAAUUGAGGCACAAAGACGUACGUGCCCCAAUGCUCGGAGGGAAUUUGCAAGUAAGUCUCGAAUGA